UCAAAGCCGGAAGUGGCCACGAAAGCGAGAGGAAUCAUAACACUGUGUUUGCGGUCCUUAAACUCGCCUUCACGUCGUAAUAUUUCCGCUCUUUCAUUUUGCUGUUCUGCGACGCAUAUUUCAAACUGUCGCUGAGAUGCGAACUUUAGAGUGACGCCGUAAUACUCUGCGCUUUUGCUAUGAAAACAUGUUGCUGGUGUCUGACAGCGCUAACCAGCUGCAGCUAACGUUAGCGUUAGCUAGCAAGCGCCUGGUCGGCUGGGGCGUGUGUCACUGCGCCAAAUGACAAGAGGAACGUAAACGUGGUAGGACGACUGCUGGAAGGCUGAAUCCUGUCCAGGAAGCUGACAGCAUGUGACACAAGCUCUCCACCAAAAAGUUGGUCUCAGUCAAAGAUGCCUCGUCUGGAAGAGCUGGCCAACGUUGCCCUCAGGGUGCCCAGCAUUCUGGUGCUGGACCUGCUCUAUAAGUGUGAUAUUGAAGGUUUGACAGAGCAUCUUAAGGCCAAAAAUGAAGACAUGCUCUUCAAAUACAAGUAUGUCAUCUGGAACAUGUACUAUCUUGGUCAUCUGAUUAAUGUGGUGGUGUUGGUUCUGCCAUUGAGACAUAUUGUGACACUCUACCUCCACAUUCUUGUAUCCCUUCUCCUGUACAUGGGGCAUCAGAUUUCCAAGGACUUUGUUCGUGAGGAGCUGCAGUAUGGAUAUGAAGGAGCCGUGUACCUGGAUUCUUUGGCCUUCAACAGAUUUGUCUCUGCAAUGACCAGUCAGAUUAUUCUCAGCACACUGUGUGCCUUCCUAAUGAAGACCAGGAAGGUGUGGUUGUUCUCUGCUCACCUGCUCCCACUGCUGGCUCGUCUCUGUGCCACUUCUCACGUUACGCUGUUGACUGUCAACACAUUCUCCAUGGGACUGACUGGAGUGGGCAUCACCAUGUUCCUCCUGUCACAUCUCUUUGUGCCAUAUCGUCUAGCAAGGGCUGCUUAUUCAGAGCUGCUCCAGUUGGAGGUCAUUGAGCUGUACAGACUUCUGGCUGUGGGAAUCUCUCUCUGGAACCAGUUUGCCGUCCCAGUGCUCUUCACAGUCUUCUGGUUUGUUCUGUUUAUUGUCCAGCUGUGCUCCGACACCAUGUCAAGCAACUCUGGCUCAGCAGCCCAUCAGGGAAUUAUGUUCUUCCUGCUCACCAGUGUCUCUGAAUGCUGUGCCACACCUUACUCUCUUCUGGGUCUGACAUUUGUGGUGUCGUAUCUGGCUCUCGGAUUGCUCAACCUAUGCAAGUUCUACCUGGGAGGUUAUGCAGCUGUUCAGAAUGAGAAUGUCAUGCACAGAGGAGUGACUGAGGGCGUCACUCUGCUCCUGCUUGCUCUUCAGACGGGCCUGUUAGAUAUGCAGGCUCUGCAGCGCACCUUCCUCCUCAGCAUCAUCCUCUUCAUCGUAGUGACUUCAACCCUGCAAUCCAUGAUUGAAAUAACGGAUCCAAUCAUUCUAGCUCUGGGUGCUUCACGCAACAGGAGUCUCUGGAAACACUUCCGCGGCCUCAGCAUGUGUCUGCUCCUGUUGGUUUUCCCCGUGUAUAUGGCCUAUAAAAUUGCCCAGUUUUUCCACAUGGACUUCUGGCUCCUGAUCUUGGUUUCUAGCUGCAUGCUGACCUCCCUGCAGGUGACGGGCACUAUGCUGAUCUACUCCCUCUUCAUGGUGGAGCUGUUUCGCAGCGAUCCGAUAGAGAGCCUGGACGAAGUGAUCUACUGGGUGAACGCCGUCAGCAGGGUGUUGGAGUUCCUGGUGGCGCUCUGCGUGGUGGCGUAUGGCACCUGGGAGUCGCUGUUUGGAGAGUGGAGCUGGAUGGGCGCCUCCGUCAUCAUCAUCCACUCUUACUUCAACGUUUGGCUCAGAGCUCAGUCUGGGUGGAGGAGCUUCCUGCUUAGACAGGAAGCUGCUAAGAAGAUCAAGUCUCUUCCCAAAGCCACGGCUGAGCAGCUGCAGCAGCACAACGACGUCUGCUCCAUCUGUUUCCAGGAAAUGAGUUCUGCUGUGAUCACAUACUGUGGACAUUUUUUUCAUGGCAACUGCCUCCGUAAGUGGUUGUAUGUGCAGGAGACCUGCCCCAUGUGUCACCAAACGGUCGGGCCCACUCUACAGAGCCAGAACCAAGCUCCUGACGAAGCUCCAGCAGAUCCACCUCAAGGAGAUGCUGGGCCAGAACUGGCUGUGCAGGACGGGAAUGUGAACCAGGAUACGGGCACACCCCAGGAGAUGCAGAGUGAUGACGCAACUCCUGGUUCCACUGAGCAACAGCUGGAGGAGAGAGGAGACACUGGAACAAACGAUAAGGACCAACCAGCGCCAGGGCUUUGUUUCAGCUCCAAUGGAGACUUUGUGGGCUUUAUCAAUCCCACGAUAAGUUGCUCUUCAGAUCUUUCUACUACCUAUGAUCUGUCAAGUACAAGUCUUUCUGGCAUGCACGGCCAGGCUGAGGAGAAGGGAAGGGACUCACCACUACCACUGACUUCUAAUACUGUAAAAAAGACCAUGGUAGAGGACACCGAGCUUAAAGGCUAUACCUCCUGUCAUAGUUUACCAGAGGACGACGAUGGGAGGCCUGAACCACAGAGCCAUCUUAAUCCACCAGAAUCAAUUGAUGCUGUCUCAAAUUCAGUGAGCCUUGCUGAGAGACAAACACGUGAAGUACACUCUGAACAUUUAGACUGCUCUGACCAUUGUGAGCAUCAUAAAGGAAACGGCGCAGGUCUGGACCUGGACCUGGACGGGCUCUGCAAGGCUCAACCUGUCACCCGGCAGUCCUCGUCGGACGCCACCUUCUCUUGCACAAGCACAGGCAACCGCUGAGUCUGCAUCAGUGCCUUGAAGGGUCCUUCACAAGGAGUUAAACACAUUUGCCUUCUUUCCGUAAUCCAGUAGAAAAUGACAGAGUGAUUGUGAAUGUUACAAUGUGUUUAAAUGCAAUAUAGAGACUAAAUUGCAUUGGGUUCACAUUGUACCAAAAUUACCUGUAUAGAAAUUCUAUAUAAAUUAAAAGUAACUUUGUGUAAUGACCAGACAACUAUGAUGCAUCAAUAUUCAAAAAAUUCUAGCAGGUUACAUUUACAAAUGUUUACUUGGAUCAAUUAAACGACCUUUUCAUUUUAUUCCUCCAGUUUCGUUGGAUUGUUUUUAUGUGCAGACAGUGUGGCAAAAAGAAAAGCUUUUCAUGAAUCAGCAAAAAACAGGCUCCUAGUGUUAGAUUACAGCUGUGAACGUGUAUGUUUCUUCUACUCAGUAUUAAUAAAACCAUGGUGGUGCGCAAUGAUGCGGAC